AUGUCCGCGCACGCCCAGAUGCGUGCUAUGCUGGACCAGCUGAUGGGCACCUCCCGGGAUGGAGACACUACCCGCCAGCGAAUCAAAUUCAGCGAUGACAGAGUGUGCAAGAGUCACCUUCUCAACUGCUGCCCUCAUGAUGUUCUCUCUGGAACCAGGAUGGAUCUUGGGGAAUGCCUGAAGGUCCACGACUUGGCUUUAAGAGCAGAUUACGAAAUCGCGUCCAAAGAACAAGACUUUUUCUUUGAGCUCGAUGCAAUGGAUCAUCUGCAGUCAUUCAUCGCCGACUGCGACCGGAGAACGGAAGUGGCCAAGAAAAGACUAGCAGAGACUCAGGAAGAGAUUAGCGCCGAAGUGGCCGCUAAAGCCGAGCGCGUCCACGAACUGAAUGAGGAGAUCGGUAAGUUGCUCGCCAAAGUGGAACAGCUGGGGGCUGAAGGGAAUGUGGAGGAAUCCCAGAAAGUAAUGGACGAAGUGGAAAAGGCCCGAGCGAAGAAGAGAGAGGCCGAGGAAGUCUAUCGGAAUUCCAUGCCGGCCUCCAGCUUCCAACAGCAGAAACUUCGAGUCUGUGAAGUCUGCUCCGCUUAUCUGGGUCUUCACGACAACGACAGGCGACUUGCCGACCAUUUCGGGGGGAAACUACACCUGGGGUUUAUCGAGAUACGAGAGAAACUUCAAGAGUUAAAGAGAGUCGUGGCCGAGAAGCAAGAAAAAAGAAACCAGGAGCGCCUGAAACGCAGAGAAGAAAGAGAGAGAGAAGAAAGGGAGAAACUGAGGCGGUCCCGGUCGCAUAGCAAGAACCCCAAACGAUCCCGGUCCCGAGAGCAUCGCAGACACCGAUCUCGCUCCACUUCACAGGAACGAAAGAGAACUAGAUCCAAGUCUCACGAGAAGCGCCACCGCCACAGGUCACGCUCCAGCAGCCACAGCCACCAGAGAAGUGGGCAUAGCUCCAGAGACCGGAGCAAAGAGAAAUCCAAAAGAAGAUCCUCAAAAGAAAGGUCUUCUGGCGAUAAAGAGCGUUUGCGAGAUCAAGACCUAGCCUCGUAUGACAAAAACAGGCGCUCGAGAGAUUGGUCACCUCGCGACAGAGAAAAAAAAGACAAGAAACGUUCCUAUGAGAGUGCUAAUGGCUUUCGAGAUCUUCUACUGCAUGACACCAAACGAAACUGA